GAUAUGACUGCAGAUCUCCUCGCCCAAACCAGAACUAGCCAGUAUUGGAAUAGACGAGAGUACACAUACUAGAAUAAAUGCACAGCAACAGUGUAAAACAGCUGUGCGAACGAGACAGACGUACUACCGUGAAAUAAACCUCUGCAAGCGGCAGACACACAAGGACAACAAAAAGUGUACGAAAAAAGAGCUAUUCUAAGAGAAUGAGUGAAAUCCGGAGUUCACACGUCACGAUUUUGCGAGGUUAACUGUUGAAGAAAGGACAUUUUCCAGGGGAAGCAUCUUGCUUUCAUGGUAUUGUAUGGUAUUCUGUUAUAUCACUUGACCUGAUACCAAUAGCCAUCUUUAUAUUUCCAUGUUUUUUAUGUUUCUGUGCACGGGUGAAUAGACAUCUGUUUGUUACUUCUUUCUCCUCACUACUUCUGUCAGAAACACCACUGUGUACUUUCAACGCAGCUAACAUGCUUUAAUAAAAUAAAUAAAUAUGACAGGGCACUACACUUCCAAGGAUACCUCCUGAAGGAGCUAGACCAGUAGCAGACUACCGCAUUACCAGUAAUGGCAGCACAAUGAACCUGAAACCAAUUUUGCACAGUUGGUAUGUCAAAGUAUUAAAAUGUAUAAAUGCAGUAGCUGCCCUAAGACUCAUUGCAUUAUCAUUGUAGUGCCAUUGGAAUUGUAUUGUUUUUUUUUUAAUGAUCAAUAUAUAAAAAGUUUCAAUUUGAUUGUUUUAUUAUCUAAUUAUUUUAUGUACAAUUUGUGAUUACAUACAUUAUUUUAUGUAUAGCUGUGUCCAGCUGUCUUUCUUUAUCAAAGUUUAUUCUGGUUAUUAAAUAUAAUUGAAGUCAUGUGUAUAAUUUUUAAGCUUUAAACAACCAUUCACAAAGAAAGAGUACACUGAAAGGUUCCAAAACAUACCAGAAAUUACAACAAGGGAAUGUUUUUGAAAGUCUAUAAAGUUCUUCUUGAAAUCGGUUUAGUAUGCUGUCCUUUCUAGCAGAGCAUUUUUCCAGUUUUUGUAUGUGUCUACCAGUUAGGUUUGAGGAUACAGGGAGGUAAGCACGUACAAAUGACCGUGUUCAAUAGUUUAAAAGUGAAAGUCCCUUAUAAAUUACUUAAAAGCCAUAAAAGAUUAUUAUAUAUAUAUAUAUUUUUUUAUUUUACUUUUCACUGUUCUUGAAUAAGUCAAUGUCAAAGCCUUUCUCUGCUGUUACAAUCUUUUAUUGUCAGGACCUGUAUUUUUUACAAACACUAAAGUUAUGUGUGAAGCAAAAUCAUCAUUCAAAACGUCUAUAAAUAAAAAUAACUGUAAUUUCAGGAACUUCCACAUGGAACAACAGAAAAUAGUUUUGCCAGGCACGAUACCUUAUAAUACUUAGAAUAUAAAGAAGGGACUUCAAGGCAUGGUAGUAAAGGUUGCUUAAUUUUAGUGGCACUGCUACUAAACUCCAAGUUUAUUACCUGCUGUGUCCACUGCAUUAAUGCCUAGCCAAUUAUUAACUUGAGCAUAAUGCCGGCUACACAGAUAUGGGUAUUGCUGUUUAAAAUGGAUUCUCUUGUACAGCAGGACCGAAUUGCUGAUUGAUAAGGGCAGUGUUUGUUAUGACCUUUGUGUACAUCACUUUGAUAUCUUCUUCUGCCCUUCUGUGGUUUUCAAAGGUGUUACACAAUGUCCAUGUCCCAGUUCAAACCUUCCAUGUAAAAAAAAAAAAUUCUUUCUUUCUUUUCUUUUUUUUUUUUUAACUCAGAACAUUUAAAGUUUACUCCCGACUGCAGAUCAAUGAAGCUGAUCGACCCAUUUAACGGCUAAAAAGCAGAACGCCUCUCAGAGAACCAUUACUGUGGUUUACAGUAUUUGAUUUUCUUCGAUCUCCAGUUCUCAUCAAAGAUCCUCUAUAAAGUAUUGUUGUUUUAUAUCCGAGCUUAUGUCUACCUGAUGUUGUUGUAAAGCUGCAAGACAAGCUCUGCUCUGGGACAGGUAAGACUGUGUCUGAAGCAAAAGCUAAUGAUGCAUAUUUUCUUGGGUUUGGAACCAAAACAUGUUGGUCAAAGGUUUUUAAAUGGGUGUGGAUUGUUCAACUCAAACUGUGCACUCCAUUUUUGUUCGUACAACUAAAAGUGUACAAAAAAAACAAAAAAAACAAAAGCAGCCUCAAUAAGUUUCUUCUUGUCUAUAAAACUGACAGCAAUUAUUUAAAGGUGAAGUGCCCCAUACAGUUUUAAAAUUAGUGUUCACAUAUUUACUGUAACAAGUUAUUCACAUUAAAAGAUGCAAAAAUCAGCUCUAAAGUGAAGCCCCUUUUUUAUUUUAUUUGUGUUUUUGUUUUGCUUUCUCAGCUAUAAAGUAGCGUGAUCAUCCUACAGCUGCCGUGUUGGUUGACAGACUAACAAAGUGGCAAGCAGGUUCCAAUAUCUGGUGUACAAGACUGUCAAGGCUAGAUUCCUGCCUAAUAAAGCACAGUGCACAGCAAGCUAAACAUAUGAACAAUGUAGUGCACAGAAACUAAGGAAUUCUAUUUUUGUGUAAAAUUGAACAUCAUUGUAGAAACCUGCAACUUUAGAAUCAAGAUCUGAAAAGUUACUGGCAUAUUUUGUUACAAGGAUCUUUAUGGCUCCAGGAGUGUAUAUAUUUGUGAAUAUAAAAUGUUCUCAUUAUAUUAUACCACAUCUAAGCAUUUGUAUGGAAUGAGUGACUAGAGUUAUAUUGACAUAUUGUGCGGUGCCUGAAGAUAAUUUAAAGCGAUUAAGUAGUCCUCCCAAAAUGAACACUUCAGUAGUUGUGAGUGUGAAAACACAGGCACAGUAUAUGGCUGCUUGGAACACCAUAGCUUAUUAAUAUGUUGUUGUUUAGAUUUGGUCCCUGAGCACUGUAAGAAAUGUCUGCCUGCGAAGAAGUCAAGGUUCACAAGCCUGAAGAGAAAUCUGAACAGAUUGAAUCUCAUCCGGAUAUUGAUGGCGGGUGGGGUUGGAUGAUUUGUCUGGCUUCCUUCAUGGCACAUGUGCUGCUCAUGGGGUCACAUAUGGCUCUCGGAAUCCUCUACGUGGAAUGGCUGGAGGAGUUCAACGAGAGUCGAGGACUGACUGCUUGGGUUGGAUCCUUGACUAUUGGCAUAACAUUGAUUGUGGGACCCAUUAUUGGCCUAUUUGUAGGCACAUGUGGUUGCCGUAAGACUACAAUAAUUGGAGGUCUUUUGACAGCCUUGGGUUGGGUGAUAAGCGCGUACGCUACAAAUGUGUACUAUCUUUUUAUAUCGUUCGGCCUGACUGCUGGUAUAGGCAGUGGGAUGGCAUACCUGCCUGCAAUUGUCAUGGUUGGACAGUACUUUAAGAAACGCAGAGCCCUGGCACAAGGACUGAGCACCACAGGAACUGGAUUUGGAACCUUUAUCAUGACUCUUCUAUUGAAAUACCUGUGCACAGAGUAUGGCUGGAGGAAUGCCAUGCUUAUACAUGGAGCUGUAAACCUCAAUCUGUGUGUCUGUGGGGCACUAAUGAGACCACCACCAUCUUCUUCCAGUAUACAAAUUGAAAAUCAGAGUCAACCAGAAUGUGCUGAAACCCUCCAGAAAGAAAUUUCUACUAGUGAUCUGGUGGCUCAUGCCAUUGACAUAGAUGGGAUAGAAGAACAUGAGACCAGCAAAGAAGAGGAAACAAAGAGCUUGUCGCUGGAAGAAGUCAGUGAACUACAAGAAGCAGAAAAUAAAGACAGAGUUAAAAGAGAAGUCAUCUUUAAAGAACGGUACCCACUCCGUAUACUAAAGACAUUAAGCCAGCUGGCUAACAUCCUAAAAAAGAGCUUUUGGAAGUGGUAUUCCAGUUACUUUGGGACUGCAGCUCUCUUCUCAAAUAAGGUGUUUAUAUGUUUUGUUUUCUGGGCACUUUGUGCAUAUUGUAGCUUUGUUAUUCCUUUCAUACACCUUCCUGAGAUUGUAAAACUGUAUGGUUUCGAGGAAAAAGACAACAAAGUUCCCUUGACCUCAAUCAUAGCAAUACUUCAUAUUUUUGGGAAGAUAUUUUUGGGUUUGAUCAGUGAUCUACCCUUUAUCAAUGCUUGGAAUGUGUUUCUCGUUGCAAACCUUAUAAUGUGUAUUUGUGUAUUCAUUCUGCCCCUGAUGCACACUUUCACAGGAAUGGCCACUGUGUGUGCAAUAAUAGGGUUUUCAAGUGGCUAUUUUUCAGUGAUGCCGGUCGUGACUGAAGACUUAGUAGGCCUAAGUAAUCUUGCAAAUGCCUAUGGCAUCAUUAUCAGUGCAAAUGGAAUAUCAGCUUUGUUGGGACCGCCAUUUGCAGGUUGGAUCUAUGAUGUUACCGGCAAGUAUGAUUACUCUUUCUACUUCUGUGGUUUAAUCUAUGUAAUUGGAAUAGGUUUCUUGCUGUUAAAGCCUUGUCUUCAAAAACAGAAUGACACUGAAAAUAAAAGCAAGCAGGCCACUGAGGCUUUACAUGUUCAUCAUGAUGAAUGAUCUGGGUUUGUCUUUGCUCUCACCUAACGUCAUAUUAAAUAAAACACUUACUAUUCAAGCAUGAUGGAACAAUACAGUGAGAAUGUCUUGCACCCUAUUGGGAGUAUCUUUAAAGCACUUUUAUCCUCUGAAUCAUCUGAGUCAAGUUCAAAUAUUAGGUCCAACUUUAGAAACAGAUGUUAUAUCUGCAGCCGCUACAGUAUAUACCAGUACUGUUUAUUAAAAGAUUGGUUUGUUCUGCAAACAAAAAUGAGACAACCUUGGAAAGAUGCCUUUAUAUUUUGUUGCAAAUUAUGCUAAAUGACAGCUGGUGUUAUCCAGGCUCAGUCCCAUAAACUGAAAAGGACAGUAGCACUGUCAACAGGUUUCCUGACCACACUUAGAAAGCACGCCAGUGGUUUUAUCCUGUUAAAAUGUAACCACAUCGUUAUAGUUCAAUAGAAGUGUGCUGUGGAUAGAUGAACCCAACUGAAUUAUGUAUUAUUAUUUCAACUGGCUGAAAAUAAUUUUGCUUAGUUGUGAAAUAUGUGAUUUUUGCUUAAAGUUUCUUUUUUACUGUCUGGUGUGCACUUAUACCCUUAUAUAGUAUCAAUGUUAUAUUUUCCAAAAGGAUAAAUAUCAUUGCUGAAUAAUUUUUUAUGGUAACCAUCUGUGACUUUUGGUCAUUAUUAGUAAUGGUGUUUUUUUCUAACAAAUGAAUGUUUCUGUACGUUUUUUCGUGGAUGUUUUAUGUUCAGAAUGAUUAUGGAAAAUGUUUUUAAUAAGAAUGUAUUGUUUAGAUUUAACAAAAAAAAGCUGUCUCUUUGUAAAUGAGUUCCUAUAAUGCAGAAGAAUUUUUACAACACACUGUAAAAGCACAAUAAUUGUAUGUGGCACAAUUAAAAUAAAAUCACACAAUUAUAAUAAGUUC